UUGAAAAUUGAAAUCCAAUCCAGUGACCCUCCUCUUCCUCAGUCCUCGCUUCUCUCUUUCAAAGUGUCCAAAGGUGAAGGUUCCUAAGAAACAAUCAGUCGAAAUGUCAGCCUUUCGAGCUUUCUGGAACAACCCAAUGGGUCCCAAAACAACUCACUUUUGGGGGCCUAUUGCUAAUUGGGGAUUUGUUAUUGCUGGAUUGGCAGACACACAGAAACCCCCAGAGAUGAUAUCUGGCAACAUGACUGGAGUAAUGUGUGUUUAUUCAGCAUUGUUCAUGAGGUUCGCCUGGAUGGUGCAACCCCGCAAUUAUCUGCUUCUGGUAUGCCAUACCGCCAAUGAGUCGGUGCAGCUUUAUCAGCUUUCUCGUUAUGCAAAGUUUCACGGGUACUUGGGCCAAAAGAAAGAGGAAGCUAAACAGCAGUAGCUUGUAGAUCAUGCUUUCUUUUUCCCCUUUAGUUAGGGGCCCUUGCUUGUUCUUCUACAGACCCUAUUAUUAAUUUCUGUAUAUUUUUUCUUACAAUCUGCAUUCUCCUGGCAUAUUUGGCUCUUUUGCCAAAAAAAAAAUAUUGGGCAGACACAUUUUAACGAAAUUGAGUUAUUCGUUGUUGGCCCAUUUCAUUAUAUACAUUGUGCUUGUAAAAAAAUUCAAAUAUUGUUUGUAAUGAAUUGUGAACUAUAACUAAAGAAACCAUCGUAGGAGAAGAAUAAAGAUAACAGGAUUCUAUAGCCUCA